UGUCAUCUGAUUCGAUCGAUCGAGAGAUCGAGAGAGAGAGAGAGGAAGAGGAGAAGAAGGAGAAAGAAGAAGUGAAAAGUCUUUCAGAUCUUGUAUCAACGUUGGUGAGUAUCAACAAGGAGAAAUGCUUCCGUCGACGUCGAAAGGGCGUCAGCCUUCUCCUCAUGUUCGAGCUAGCCCAGUCUUUCCGCAGUACCUUCGACGAAUAAUCAAGUGGCAACAAAUGGAUAUUGAAUAUACUUUCUGGCAAAUGCUUCACUUGUGCACCUCACCAAAAGUUGUCUAUCAGCAUACAAAGUAUCAUAAACAAACUAAGAAUCAAUGGGCACGUGAUGAUCCAGCUUUUGUUGUAAUUUGCAGUCUGCUUUUGUCAGUUUCUGCUUUGGCAUAUAGUGCUGCGUAUGAUCAUAACUUGGCACAUGCUGUUUUUGUUGUUGUUUCUGUUGUCCUCGUCCAUUUUCUAAUAACUGGUGCAAUCCUUGCCACAUGUUGCUGGUUUCUGACAAAUACGUAUUUUCGUGAGGAAGCACCAAACAGUCAUGUGGUGGAACAGAAAGUAGAAUGGAUGUACGCUUUCGACGUGCACUGCAACUCAUUCUUCCCAAUGUUUGUAUUGCUAUAUGUGAUCCAUUAUUUUCUAUCACCAGUACUCAUAACCCAUGGCUUCAUACCAAGUUUGCUGUCAAAUUUGCUUUUUAUGGUAGCUGUUUCGUAUUACCAUUAUCUCAACUUCUUAGGAUAUGAUGUGUUGCCCUUUCUUGAACGGACAACCUUUUUCCUAUAUCCCAUUGGAAUCGCAUUUGUCCUUUCGCCCAUCUUGAUUCUGAGUGGUUUCAACCCGUCAAGAUACUUUAUGAAUAUGUACUUCAGUGGCUGACUCUUCCAAGGGAAACGAAUCUGAAGUUUGACGGGAAUCUGGUCAGACGAGACAGUUAGACAAAAGCUUGAUAUUCGUCUGGGUGAUUGAUUGAUUCGAUUACAUGUUCACUUUAGGAAAUCAAAAGCCAUAUUUGAUCAAAUAGAGCCUCAGAUUUUUCUAUAACCCUUUAGAAGAUGGUCAUCAGAUAUGAGGAAAUUUGUAGUCUAUUAUAGAAGAGGAUGACAAUUUGUGUCUUUAGUUUUUUCUUUUCUCUGAAACAGAAAGUUGACCUAUUUGUGCAAAUGUUGUUUUUCUCUUCUACACUAUGACUGACAUUCUCCAUUUUCUUCUAUGUGAACUUCUAAUAACUAUUCUUAUUAUUGAAUGGAACUUAAAUCACGCCCUUUAUGUUGAA